AUGGCCCAUCACCACCGCCCCUACGCCCAGACCACAGUUGAUUACACCGGCUCUGUCGUCCGACACACACAGAAUCGAAAGUGGUCCUCCUCAGAUCCGUUGCCGGCGGCUGCCUGUUCUUCGAUCAACAACAACCCAUUUGCUGCCCAGUUUGUGCACUCUUGUACAAAUUACAGAGCCCGUGCUUCUUCGAUCAAUCGAGUUUUAUGGACAGCUUCUGGGAGGCGUCUUAUUACAGGCUCUCAAAACGGGGAGUUCACUCUUUGGAAUGGUCACUCAUUCAACCAUGAAUUGAGGAUUCAGGCUCAUGAUCACGCAAUCAGGUCCAUGGCGUGGAGUUUUGGUGAUGAAGAUUGGAUCUCUGGUGAUGAUGGAGGCACAAUCAGGUAUUGGAAGAGUAACAUGAGUAAUGUGCUAGUCAAUGAAUCUGCUCACCAUGAAUCGGUUCGGGACUUGAGCUUCUGUCGGAGUAAUUUGAAGUUCUGUUCAUGUUCCGAUGAUACUACUGUUAAAAUCUGGGAUUUUGAACGGUGCCAACAAGAGCAGACAUUGACCGGCCAUGGUUGGAAUGUCAAGAGCGUUGACUGGCACCCCACAAACUCUCUAAUAGCUUCGGGUGGGAAAGACAGUGUUGUCAAACUGUGGGAUGCUAGGUCGCGCAGAGAACUUUGUUCGUUUUAUGAUCACAAAAAUUGGGUGCAUUCUGUCAAGUGGAACCGAAAUGGUAACUGGCUGCUCACUGCUUCCAAGGAUCAUGUCAUUAAGCUUUACGACUUGAGGGCUAUGAAGGAACUCAAAUCUUUCCGCGGCCAUCAGAACCAAGUGACUGCUCUAGCUUGGCAUCCUCUUACUGAAGACUAUUUUGUCAGUGGGAGUAGUGAUGGAUCCAUUUUCCAUUGGCUUGUUGGGCAUGUAACUCCCCAGGUUGAAAUUCCUAGUGCACACAGUAACAGUUACAAUAAUAGUGUGUGGGAUCUCCAGUGGCAUCCUAUUGGUCAUAUGAUUUGUAGUGGUAGCAAUGAUCGCACCACCAAGUUUUGGUGCAGAACAGGAGAUAAAUCUAAAAUCAGUCAGAAUCAAAGUAAUUCUGCUUUUGCUUGUCACAUGAACAGUAAUUUUCCUUUUCCAUAUGAUGGACCACCAACUAUUGCUACUCGAGACCAAGGAACCAUUGGUUCAGGAGGUGUUGGAACCAUUAUACCAGGUGUUGGAAUUGCGGUUUAA